GAAAUAUCAUUACCAAAAAUCUUAUUCAUCAAUUUGAAUGGAGUGAACUUAAUUAAUAUUCAAUUAAAAACAUUGUUGAUAUAUCAAACUGUUGAUACUAAAUAAACGCGUCUUCGAUUAUGUAACGGACGUGACGUCAGCUGUCAUGCCCUGCCGCCAGCCAAGCCGCCAAGCCAUAUUAACACGCCCCCUUCCGCCACAGCCACCGCCACCGCCGCCAGCCAAAGCCAACGAAGGGGGGAUAGUGUUAAUAAAACAAGCCGUGCCAGCCAUUUCUAACUACUUUUCUGCAUUCUUGCACAAAUAAAAGAACUUGUCGUUACGCUGCUGGUUUUUAUUGUCACAUCAUUUGCAACAAUCAGAAGUGGCAUAAAGAAAUGAAACAACGUCAUAUACACGCUCAGAUCUCUCGGUCUUCUGACAAGUUUGAAGAAGAUGAAGCUCCUAUUCCACUGGCGAGGAAAGUGUUGAAAAAUUGCUGCAGAAGGAGGUCCACAAGGCGAUACUUGAGCUACAAGGUGAAGAACCUGGAACAAUCAAAUCAAAGGGACUACGACGUCGGACCAAGAGCGCCUGCCGCCCUGUCCUUCCAUCAUUCUGGCUCACGUGGAGAGAAACUAGAAGAGCAGCAACGUGGUUACUCCACUGCGGCACUACGAGCUUCACGGAGCUUCACGAGAUUCACGGCUACGAGCUUCCUUCUCCCUGCCUGCGACGCUGCUGCGCGGCGAAGACAGCUACAUCAAAGUCAUCAACAUGGGCUCGGAGACCAUCAUGUGGCCGCCGGGCGAGGUCCUGCCGAGGGCCAACAGCUGCGAGAAGCCACAGCCCAACAGCCAGGAUGGCCGAAUGUAACGGACGUGACGUCAGCUGUCAUGCCCUGCCGCCAGCCAAGCCGCCAAGCCAUAUUAACACGCCCCCUUCCGCCACAGCCACCGCCACCGCCGCCAGCCAAAGCCAACGAAGGGGGGAUAGUGUUAAUAAAACAAGCCGUGCCAGCCAUUUCUAACUACUUUUCUGCAUUCUUGCACAAAUAAAAGAACUUGUCGUUACGCUGCUGGUUUUUAUUGUCACAUCAUUUGCAACAAUUACAAAGAUAAAUGUCGCAUACUAGGCGAAAUGGCCCAUAAACCAAACAGUCUUUCACUCGUCGAAAAUAUAUUGUCGAAAGUGUAAUAAAACAUCUUGGUAACGCUAAAUUUUGUUUGAAAUAGAAAUAAUAAACAAUAAUUUUGUGUUUUAUGUAUUGUCUUUGAAAGUAGACGAGCCGACAGACGAAGGCAGAUGACGUCGAUCAUAUCUACUGUUACUGAAAACAGCUGGUCACAUAAUAUAGAUAAUUAUUUUAUUUCUCCCUAUGACUGGAGGAUUUAUUUAUUUAUUUAAUUAUAACUUUAUAUACUUAGGUACACAGUAUAAAGGCGGACUUAAUGCCAUAGUCAUUCUCUGACAGUCUUCCUUAUCUUACCUAAUCUUAUAUGUUAAAAUCAUGUGCACAAUUUUCGAGUAGGUAUAGCUAUAAUGUGUCUCUAUCUUAACAGUGCGAAUAGCUAAAUUUCUAUACAAUAAAUAGUAAAAAAGUUUCGCUUCUUUUUGUUUCCAGAACAGACGCUUGCUUGGUUCGUCGUUAAUGAAUUUUUGAAGACGACUAAGUAAUUACAAAUGUAUAAGUUGCAAAUCUGUUAUGACCUUCAGUAAAGGAUCUUCGAAUUCGUUUAGUUCUCACAUUAAUCAUUUUAUUAUUUGGUUUCGUAAUAAAACAUACACAAUAAA